GGGAGAUGGCUUCGCCUUCAAGCUCAUUUAGGUUUCCAUUUAGCAAUCCUUCAUGGCAAAGUUUCUUAUGGAUUCCACUGUGAAGGAACAGAAAAUCAAUAAGUAAAUCUAUAGGUGACAGAGAAUAUACGUUGUAUUUUGUAUGGGAGUAUGUAGAUGGUAUGUAAAAUUUGGUGAGGGAGGAAAUUUAAAUGAAGGAAGGUGUAGGCAUGAGUGCCACGAAUGCCAACUCUGAAAAUUCCUCGCCGCAUGUUGUUAUGAUUACAUUAGGUAGAAUAUCACCAUGUUCUCCCUAAUCUGCGACAGCCAUCACAUCAGCACAAUUCUAGCUCAUUACAAUUUACCCCUUUCAAAUCCCACAAAGUUUCAUAUGUUAUGAGACCUAAAUACAAGCAGCCAUUACUAGUAUUUACAGACACAGAUGCCUGUAAACUUUCCCUUUUUAAUGGAUGACAAUGACCCUCAAGUUAGGAGGAGAAAGCCAUGAUUGUUGUGAUGGAUAUGGAAACUUCUUUGAAUGCUCUCUGUGAUAAUUUUGGUAUUCUGUGGAAAUUUAAAUCUCAAUUGGGUGAAGUGGGUAAGCUGUUUUUGUCAAUGGGAGGACACCAUAAUGGCUAUCUGAAUUGAACAUGUUAAGAACAUUGAAAACAGUAUUGUUAUAGAUAAUUUAGGCAUGAGAGUGUGAUAUUGCAUCAGGCUUAGAGGCCUGUUUUAGGAAUAAUGGUAUUGAAUGCAGUUAAGAAUCAGCUUUAGCUUUCCUGAGCUGAUAUGAUGAAUGAUGCAGAGCCAUCCAGAGCUUCACAUGCAUUGAGGAGCUGUCAUUGAUUGAAAAUGGAUGAGAAAUUGAAUGGAGAUUCUAUGAACAAUGGCAAGAGUAUACGAACACUUAUAGCUCUUGAUGGUAAGUUUAAAUCAAUGGGCAUCGAUAGUCCUAAUCAAAAGUUGCAGAGCUGCAACAAUGUUAAAGAGGCUGCAGGAAUUGAAAUUGGAAGAGAUUCUACUGGGGAUGUGUCUUUUUCUUCUUAUCUGUUUCGUGCAGAGGAAUUGUGUGCAAGGAGGUCUUCUUCAGAGAGGAAUUCAGGGGAAGGGGCAUUUCCCAUUGUCAAUUGCAGGUGGGUUGAUAAUAAGAAAGGUCAAUCCAUGGGGAUUGAAUACCAAAGAGGGGUUGCAAAGAGUAAACAUAAGGCAGGGGAUUCAAGCCCACAUGCUGAGGGUGGUACUGGUUCUAACAUGCAUUUCAAAGCAAAAGCAGGGCUAAUUGAUGGAGAUGAGCCAUACAUGCAAAGAUCGGUGAGGUUAGAUAGACAAGCCUCAUUUGGGCCUAGGGUGGGUGUGGCUGGAAGAAAUGCAAAGGAUGGGGAACUUGGUGUUUUUGAUGCAGAAAGUUAUUUUAGCAACACACAUGAUGAAGAAAAAUCUUCACCACGCUUGGUUAUCUCCAAUUCUAGAAAGGGGCAGAAAUCAAGACCAAGCAGCAAAAGCAAAAGACCCCAAAUUACCAGUGGAUUGAUUUCUGAUAAUAAUGUGGUAUCUGAUGGAGGGGCAACAAUAUCCAGGCAGCCAAGUUCAGCAGCAUCUUCCAUGGGUUCUAAAGCUGUUCAGUCUGAUUCACAGGCAAGUUGGAACAGUCAAUCUGGAUUGCUUUCAAAUGGGGUCACUUCCCUUCUCAAUGGGCCUCCAUUGAAUCAGAGGAUGCCUACUGGAACCAAAAUCGGCACACCCAAAUGGAAGAUCGCUUGCAAAUGCCCCUGCACUAGUAAAAAGUCUGUUGCAACUAAUGACUCAUUACUGUAUCAGGUUGCACCUACUUCCUUGCAGUCAUCACAUGUGAGUAGCCCACUCAGUUCAAAUAACUUUGAUAGUAUCAGGAAAUCAUAUUCCCUGGAUAAGACUAGAGGUCUCCCUGUCAAUAAGGAUAGAGAUUUUGCAAACAGGUUUCUUUCAAUAAAAGCAGGAUUGAUUCAAAAAGAUGAUCAGUUACAGAUGAAGCCUUACGCAAGUCCCAAGAUGGGCAAAUCUCUCAUUGAGAUUAGACCAGCCUCCACAGACACAGAAGAAGAUGGGACCUCUGGAAAAAACCAAGGUGAGGGAUUCUCCUUUCCUAUUCUUGGUUCUUCUUCAAUGUCCUCUGUGGUUUUCAGUUAUCCAAAAGAGAAACCAAGGUUGUCUCUGCAAGUCCUUGAGUCAUCAUGUUGUAGCAGUAGAGAUUUUCAAAAACAAUCCUCCCACACACAGAGGAGACCCAGAAUGUAUUCUGUAGAUAGCAGGGCAGAAAAUAGUUCCAGUACAGAAACCAGAAGCAGUUUCAGCUUUCCUCGGAUAUCUUUCUGCUCUCAGGACAGUUUUGAUGACAAGGACCUACCUUUUAAUAAAAACUCUAGUGCUUACAAUUACCAUGCCAUGAAGUUGGACAAUACACACACAGUUGAAGAUGACAGAAGUGAUUCCAGUUCAGAUUUAUUUGAAAUUGAGAACCUCUCCAAUGAUAUAGCCCCUUGUACACAAUAUCAUAUGAGGACUAGUUCAGGGAGGAUCCAAUUGAAAGACUGCAAUCCAAGCACUACUCAACCUGAAAUGGAUUCAGAAGCUACAGGGCGGCAUAGCUGCAUAAGUUCUAGUGCAAAGCAAGAAGAAAAGCAUUUCAUCAGUAAUGUGGAGAUAGGCAGGAGAUCGGAAGGGUACAUAAGUAGAUCAAUUGUAAGGGACAGCGCAAGAGAUUUCACCAAGCCAACAAGGAACACUACCUUCCUCAGAUCAUGCAGAAAUAACAGAGCUGUCUAUAUUGCUUCAGCACCUGGAAGUCCUAUUAGAGGAGCUCAAGAGAACUUGGACUUUGAGCAGGGGGCAUAUUUUAAGAAACGUUCCUAUGUUUGAUGUGAAGUAUGUGCUUUCUGAAGAGGGCUCCAACUCUAAGUUUUAUGCCAGUAGCUAAUCUCUCCACAAAAAGGCAUGGUAUGGGAUGUCUUUGACAUCCCAUUGUGCUCACCCGGUUGGCCCCAGUUGUUGCUUACAUCAGAAGGGGAUGUAUGCUAUACCAUUUUAUGUGAUUUUACGCAUGGUUCUCGAUACGGCAUGCCAUUUCGUGGGGAGGAUAGUCGUCUCCUCUCCUUUACCGCAUUGGCUAUGCAGCCGACAAAAUUAUACUCUCUCUCCACAAAAAGGCAUGGUAUGGGAUGUCUUUGACAUCCCAUUGUGCUCACCUGGUUGGCCCCAGUUGUUGCUUACAUCAGAAGGGGAUGUAUGCUAUACCAUUUUAUGUGAUUUUACGCAUGGUUCUCGAUACGGCAUGCCAUUUCGUGGGGAGGAUAGUCGUCUCCUCUCCUUUACCGCAUUGGCUAUGCAGCCGACAAAAUUAUACUCUUGUAAAUUGUUAAAAGUGUUUUGGUAAUGAAUAAAAGGACCAUUUUGUCGGCUGCAUAGACACCGCCCUCCUUUACUAUGUGGCAUUUGGCAUUUAUUGUUUUUAAUACAGAACUUGACAGGAUUGUGCAACUAGCCCCAUGUGAGGGGCAUUCA